CGGCAGCCUCAUUUGAUCGGGAAAUGAUACGACAACGCGGUGUAGACAUUGCACAAGAGUUUCGUGGUAAAGGGAUCAAUAUUUGGCUUGGCCCCAGUGCAGACUUGCUUCGUAUCCCUCGCGCAGGCAGAAAUUGGGAAUCCUUUGGCGAGGACCCGGUGCUCAGCGGUAUCGCAGUUAGUGAAACGAUUAAAGGCGCUCAAAGUCAGGGUGUCAUCGCCACUGUCAAGCAUUAUGCUGUCUACAAUCAAGAAACGUUUCGAGAACAUAUGUCAAGCAACAUAGAUGAGCGAACGCUACAAGAGUUAUAUUUGUGGCCGAUUGCACGAGCUGUCGAAGCACAAGUCGGCUCUGUCAUGUGUGCCUAUAACAAAAUUAACAACGUCUAUGCGUGCGAAAACGACGAGUUGCUCUCCCGCAUCCUCCGUGACGAGAUGGGAUUCAGAGGAUGCGUGCAGAGCGAUUGGGGAGCUACGCAUUCAACUGCAAAAGCUGCUAAUGCUGGGCUUGAUAUGGAAAUGAUGCAGUCGUGGAACGCAGUAUAUUUUGGUGACAAGCUAAGAGCUGCUGUUGACGAUGGAAAAGUAUCAAACCAAAGGCUUAACCUCAUGGUUGAGCGUAUCGUAGCUACUUAUUACAAGUUUGGCCAAGAUAAAGAUUACCCAGUAGUACAAAUAAACACCGCCAAUCCGUCAAAAGACCCAGGCGUAAAUGUACAAGGAAAUCAUAAAGAUGGCAUCCGUAAAAUAGGGGCUGCCUCAACUGUGUUGUUACGAAAUGACGGCGGGAUACUCCCUCUUCGUGGUGAUAAACUGUCAGAGAAAAGAAUAGUGGUCGCAGGCACUGAUGCUGGGGCAGGGUUAUUACCACCCAAUUUGUGCCCUUUGCACAUGUGCGACACUGGUACAACUUCUAUGGGAGGAGGAUCAGGAUCAGCGUACAUGCCGUACCUUGUAACCCCAUUGCAAGGUAUUACUGAACGCGCAAAAAAAGAAGCGAUUCAAGUACAAGCGAUUUUACAAGAUGUCAGCCCUGUAUCCGAUCUCCUUACUAUCAUCUCAACUACUGUAUCGCCAACCGACACAUGUAUCGUUUUCGGCAGCGCUUAUUCGAUGGAGGCUUUCGAUCGGCCUAUCCAUGGUGUAGAUCCAUUAGACGUUCCUAUCAUCGAACAUAUCUCAAAUGUUUGUGAGAACACAGUUCUAGUGAUACAUGCAAUUGGGCCGAUUGACCUUCCUUUCGCGGACCAUCCAAAUAUCAAAGCAAUUGUGUGGGCAGGUCUCCCAGGCCAAGAAACCGGGAAUUCUCUGGCAGAUAUCUUAUUUGGGGAUGUCAACCCCUCUGGUCGACUGCCUUAUACGAUAGCAAAACAACACCAAGAUUAUCCCGCGGACGUAUCUUUGAAAUUACAGGUUCCUUACAAUGAAAAGCUGUUGCUGGGCUAUCGAUGGUUUGAUGCAAAAGGAAUCGACCCAUUGUUUGAAUUUGGCUUUGGAUUAUCAUACACGACUUUCACCUAUGGCCAGCUUGCAGUUAAUGUGAUUCGCGGAGAAAAACCGGAGGUGGAAGCUCAUAUUUCGAUACGGAAUAGCGGCAAAGUCGAUGGAGCAGAAGUCGUUCAGGCGUACCUUUCCUUCCCCGCAAGCGUUGGCGAACCGCCCAAGGUGUUGCGCGGUUUCGAGAAGAUUUUUUUAACUAAGGACGAACAAAAGCCUGUAACGUUCCUAUUCUCAAAGCAGGACCUUAGCAUCUGGGAUACGAAAGGUGGUGGAUGGAUUGUCCCUUCGCCUGGAACAUUUACGCUACAUGUUGGAGCUAGCAGCCGUGAUAUUCGUUCAUCUACCACCUUCGAGCUAUAAAAUCCAUAUAGCGUGAGAUACACUCUCGGACGAGAGAAUAAGGGGAACAGAUCAUGUAAAAGAGCUAUACGCGGAUUGUGGUACCCGCGGAGCGUAUCACGUACACAGAUAAAGUAGAGCACUUUUAAUAAAACUUAUAUCACCCUUGGUG